AUGAACCAAAAGGUCAAUACCAUUGGCUGCUGGCGAGCUCACCUAAAUGUGCUUCAGAAAAUUGUCCACGAAAAUGUUGCCACUGCCUUGAUAUUCGAAGACGAUGCCGACUGGGAUGUAUCGUUCAAACAUCAAAUGGUCCAAUUUGCAAGAGGCACCCGCUACAUAUCAAAUACAACCCACGUCGAGACCGCAUCUUCGCCUUAUGGGGACAACUGGGAUAUUCUAUGGAUGGGCCAUUGCGGCACUUGGUAUCAUGAGGAGGACAAUCGACGCAUGUUUGUUAUUCCCAACGACCCGACGGUCGAGCCGCCAACCCAUCGUGAAAAUGUCGACCAACCAGAUAUGUCCCACUGGGAGGGGGGCCCCGAAGGCGACGGCCAGACUCGAGUUGUCUUCAACUCCAAGGGAGCCAUUUGCACAGCCGCAUAUGCCAUUUCACAACAGGGCGCAAGGAAGGCCCUUUAUCAUAUGUCUAUGAUGCCGUAUAAUAGCCCGGUAGAUUGGGGCUACGCCAACAUGUGUAUGGAUAAAAAUGUCAAUUACACGUGUAUCUCUGUGUUCCCGCAGAUCGUGGGAGUUUCACGACCUACGGGCCAUACGAGUAAGAAUAGCGAUAUUGGUUACGGCGACGACGAUGUAAGGACAGUUGAGCCGGCCAGAUCCCAACACGUCGUUUACUCUACGAGGUUGAAUAUGGAAAGACUUCUCCGUGGCGACACAGUUUUCGACAGCCAAUUCCCAGAGAUCACUGGACCAGAAAUGCAUAUUGACGACAUUGGGAGUGCCGUUGGUCACAUCGAGGUUCUGCGCGAGGAAGAUCUACCAAAACCGAAUGUGACAAAGGAAGACCAAGACCAAGAACAAGAACUGUUUGGAUGA